CAGAUUACUUCUCUCAAAAAAGCCUGAAGAGAACAGAUUGACCUCGCGCAGUUCUGAAACAUCCUUCAGCUGGGCAUAGUGGAACAAAGAUGAGAGAAAUUAUUUCAUUCUGAAAUUCUUAGUGGAAGAUGGUAUACAAGAUCGCUCCCUCUCAGAGCCAGGACUUGGGUCUUCAGGAGCAUCAGGAAAGAGAUUCUAUUCUAACACCCAGAAGUUGAAAGACUAUGCCAUUCUCAGUUAUUUGGAAAGAGACUACUUUGCUGAACAGAACAACUCAAGAUGACUUGUGAUUCCUGUUCUACAUGGGAGCCAGUCUGGAUUGUCCCUGCAGAAUGCUACAGCUUCCUUCCCUCUUCAGUGUUCUUGGCUAGUGGAAUUGUAAACCUUGGAGGAACUUUGGAUGGAAAUACUGACACAAAUAUAAGAACUUUGAUGCUUUCAGACUUUGAAUUUUGAUUUGUUAAAUGACCAGGAAUAAGAUACUGCCUGAGCAAGAUGAAAUGCCUUGAAGACCUUUGGUUCUGCUUUCAUUUCUCCUGAAGCAAUGGUUUUCUCAGCAAUGUUGACGCUGGCCCACUCUGGGACCUCAAAUGCUACUUUUAUUGUUUAUGAAAAUGCCUAUACGAAUUUUACCACUCCACAGUUCUUGCUUCGUAGUGGCACAACACAGCCGUCGAGAUAUGGUUCAGGUGCUGUACUCACCACUGAGAGAAGUACUUUUCUGGUGAAUGCUACAGCUAUCCUGCCAUCACAGGAAGUUUUCAGGAGCUUGAGUUUGCCACUCCAGAUCAUUCUUUCUGCUGCUAUGAUAUUUAUCCUGUUGGUUUCUUUCCUUGGAAACUUUGUUGUUUGCCUCAUGGUCUACCAGAAGGCAGCUAUGAGAUCUGCAAUUAACAUUCUCUUAGCAAGCCUGGCUUUUGCAGACAUGCUGCUGGCAGUGCUGAACAUGCCUUUUGCUCUGGUAACAAUCAUUACCACUCAGUGGAUUUUUGGGGAUAUAUUCUGCAGAGUCUCUGCCAUGUUCUUCUGGCUUUUUGUCAUAGAGGGGGUAGCCAUUCUUCUUAUUAUUAGUAUUGACCGAUUUCUUAUCAUAGUUCAGAGGCAAGAUAAACUGAACCCUUACCGUGCAAAGAUUCUCAUUGUACUUUCCUGGGCAGCAUCUUUUGUUGUUGCUUUUCCAUUAUCAGUAGGGAAUCCUAAUCUGCAGAUACCCUCAAGAGCACCUCAGUGUGUCUUUGGCUACUCGACAAGCCCAGGUUACCGAGCCUACGUGAUAGUUAUCUUGCUAAUUUCUUUUUUUAUUCCAUUCCUGGUAAUGCUGUAUUCUUUUAUGGGCAUACUCAACACCGUCCGCCACAAUGCAGUUCGUAUCCAUAGCCACCCUGAUAGCAUAUGUCUCAGCCAGGCCAGCAAACUUGGUCUCAUGAGCUUACAGAGACCUUUUCAGAUGAAUAUUGAUAUGAGCUUUAAAACUCGUGCCUUCACAACCAUCUUGAUUUUGUUCCUUGUCUUCAUAGUCUGUUGGGCACCCUUCACCACUUACAGCCUUAUAGCCACAUUCAACAGCCACUUCUACUACAAGCACAACUUCUUUGAGAUAAGCACUUGGCUCCUUUGGCUCUGCUACCUCAAGUCUGCACUGAACCCACUGAUAUACUACUGGAGGAUUAAGAAGUUUCAUGAUGCAUGCUUGGACUUGAUGCCCAAAUACUUCAAGUUUUUGCCACAGCUACCUGGCCAUACAAGACGGCGCAUUCGACCGAGUGCCAUCUAUGUGUGUGGGGAGCAUCGGUCGGUAGUGUGAAGCUGCAGUUGUUUGACAAUGAUUGUUAUUUUCUGGGUUUAUUUUUUUUAGGCUUUAGGUUGAAUUUUAUUUUGUUUAAUAUGGCUUUUUCAGUGUGGCCAUAUCUUAUAACUUACUUAAUUUUCCCAGUACUCUGUGCAAUUUUGGGAGGUAAGAUAGAGGGAGGGAAAGUGGUUAGUUAUACUUGGGUUUACUUCCAGAAUACAAUGUAAACAAAAUAACAAAUGUUACCUCUAGGAUUCCAUGGAAAUCCAUUCUUUUAAAUGAAAAACACAUUUGUAACAUUUUGUCAGGUUUAGGCUUACUAGGCCUGCAAUUCCAUCUAAUUGUAGGGACUUUUUUUUUUUGUAUGCUGCUAAGAUACAGUGUAUUUAGUUAGUGUAAUUUCUCUGAAAAAUGUUGCUGCUGUCUGCCAAUAUAUUGGAGCCAAAAAGUCUCAUUAGAUUACUCCUAUUUAAUUUUAACAAUAUUUCAGAAGUUUUCAUGGUGACACUAGAGAACUUCUUCCUUUUUUUAAUCUUUACUUUAAUACUUCCAUUAAUAUUUUUUGUGCACUUUACAAAAUUUACUAUGGAAUUUGUUCAUUGGAAUAUUUUGUUCUGUAUUGAAGGGGUAUUAUUAUCAUUAUUUGUUAUAUUGCUGAAUUUCAAUGAAGGACCAAUGUAAGCUCUAGGAGGGCAAUUUAUGUUGGUAUAGCUACGCCUACAGUCACAGAUUCACUGUUUUUCUAACAAUUAUCACAUGUAACAUUAACUGCUCUGUUAUCAGGGGAGUUGGAAGGAAAAAAUGGAGGAAAGAAAGGGAUGAAAAUACCAUGUCCGGAGGCUUAGACUAACAUAAAAUGUAGAAAAAUAGAGUUUAUGUGAAAAUUAUCCCAGGGGAAAGGGUGGUUGUAGUUGUUAGUUUAGGUUGUUAUGAGCUAUCUAAACCUGAUGGUAUGCCUGAGAACCUAUCUGAAAUUGUGACUUUGGGCCUGCAAUUUACACUCUGUUGGUAUAAUGCUGUUUCUGCUUGGAGCUCAUGUAAGGCUAGUUGUGCUCUGAAAUCAUGCUGUCAGGCAUUCAUUGGGAUAGAAUUAGAAAUAGUAAACCAGCAAAUAGAUAGAUAGCACAUGAAUCAUAGUUGAGACUAGGACUUCGUCUUAAUAGUAAUUACAGGGAAAAAAGCCUCAGCUUCUUUUCCGGUUUAAGUAUUAGGCUGAAACCAUAAACUGAUAAUCCUAGAAUGGCUUGUGUUAGAAGG